CAGAAGCUCCGGUUUCACUCGAAGGGGUAGAAGAAAUGCAGUCUUCUCUGCAUUGCUUAUGGUGGAUCAGUAUCGUGAUCUUCAGAAGUUUAUCGUGGAUAGAGAGUCUGCAUUUUAGUUUUUCGAUUAGUAAUAGGAUUGGAUCCUGGACAGGGAAGAGGUUUGUGAUUACGCAUGGCGAUCCCGCUUCAGAUGGGGGUUCUAUCUGGUGUCACGGGAUUUGGAAGGAAUUUGCAGAGUUCGAUUGGCUUGUUAUUAAACAGGCGGUUUGCACCUGGGUUUGAGCAUUUUGGUAGGGUCUCUAGAAAGAGGGGAAUGGUUCAACGUUUAAGGGGAAGAUAUUUGAGAAUUUGUUGCCAGAGAGGCGAUUCUGCAGUAGUGGUAAAAGAUGAAAUAGAAAAGCAUAAUGAUGAUCUAUGUGCUGAACAGUUGAGCAUUGUGAUGAAAUUUGGUGGUUCUUCAGUAGCCACAGCUGAGAGGAUGAGGGAGGUUGCAAAUAUCAUUCUGAGUUUUUCAGAUGAGAAGCCAGUGAUUGUUCUCUCUGCUAUGGGAAAAACUACAAACAAACUUUUGCAGGCAGGGGAGAAGGCAGUGAGCUGUGGUGUAUCCAAUGUGUCUGGAAUCGAUGAGCUGAGGUUCAUAAAAGAUUUACAUCUAAGGACAGCGAAUGAAUUAGGAGUAGAGAAGGCAGUCAUAUCAGGUCUACUGGAAGAACUAGAGCAACUUCUGGAGGGUAUUGCUGUGAUGAAAGAGUUGACAAUUCGUACAAGGGACUAUUUAAUGUCAUUUGGAGAAUGCAUGUCCACAAGAAUUUUCACAGAAUAUCUUAACAAAAUUGGUUUCAAGGCACGACAGUAUGAUGCAUUUGAUAUUGGUUUCAUGACUACAGACGAUUUCACAAAUGCAGACAUCCUGGAAGCAACAUAUCCUACUAUUGCAAGGUCAUUGCGUGAAGAUUGGUCGAAUAGUCGCGCAAUCCCUAUUAUCACUGGUUUUCUUGGAAAGAGUUGCAAGUCCUGUGCUGUGACUACAUUAGGAAGGGGUGGUAGUGACCUGACGGCCACUAGUAUUGGUAAAGCACUUUGUUUGAAAGAAAUCCGAGUUUGGAAAGAUGUCGAUGGCGUCCUGACAUGUGAUCCAAAUAUUCAUCCUCAAGCACAGCCUGUGCCGUAUUUGACAUUUGAAGAGGCUGCUGAACUAGCAUAUUUAGGAGCUCCGGUUUUGCAUCCCCAAUCCAUACGCCCUGCUAGAGAAAGUGAUAUACCAGUCAGAGUCAAGAACUCAUACAAUCCACAAGCUCCAGGCUGUUUUAACAAGCAUUGUUUUGAAGUCCAACAUUACCGUGUUGGAUAUUGUAAGCACUCGAUUGCUUGGCCAGUAUGGUUUCCUAGCAAAGGUCUUUUCCACAUUUGAGGAGUGGGGCAUUUCAGUUGAUUGCGUGGCUACCAGUGAAGUCAGCAUCUCUUUGACCUUAGAUCCAUCUAAACUGUG